CUUUUUUGCACACAGAAAAAAUUGACAGCGGUUUCAUUUCUUAUCUAUAUAAAUGAGUACACUCUUUCUUCUUUCUUGAAAACAAAAGAGCAAUUAUUAACCAUGGGUGAAGCCGUUAAGGAUCAAAGAGAAGAAGUGAUUCAAGCUUGGUACUUGGAUGAUAAUUACGAUGAGGGUCAGAAACUUCCUCACCACAAGGAUCCUAAGGAGUUUGUUACUUUGGACAAACUUGCAGAGCUUGGAGUACUUAGCUGGAGACUUGACGCCGACAACUAUGAAAACGAUGAGAAGUUGAAAAAGAUCCGCGAAUCUCGUGGUUACUCCUACAUGGACAUUUGUGAGGUAUGCCCUGGAAAGCUUCCAAACUAUGAAGCAAAAGUAAAGAUGUUUUUUGAAGAACAUUUACACAUUGAUGAAGAGAUCCGUUACUGCCUCGCAGGAAGUGGAUACUUUGAUGUGAGGGAUCUCAAUGAUGUUUGGAUUAGAGUAUGGGUAAAGAAGGGAGGUAUGAUAGUUUUUCCUGCUGGAAUAUAUCAUCGAUUCACCGUGGACACAGGCAACUACAUGAAGGCAAUGCGGCUUUUCGUGGGUGGACCAGUGUGGACUCCUUACAAUCGCCCACACGACCAUCUUCCUGCGAGGAAAGCGUAUAUGGAUACAUUCGUGAAGGUGCUUGGAGACCGUACCAUAGACGCUUCAGCAUAGAGGGACUCUCAGGCAUCAGAUUUUUAUAAGCUAAACAUAUGUUGAGAUGUUGUCUUUAUGCUUUAUUAUGUUUACCACUGAAACUGAAGACACAUUGGUUUCGUGCGUCUUUGACAUUAUUGUUGUGUUGUAAUGUUAUAUGGCAUGUGAACUUGUAACUUACCCUCUUUAUGUCUGUAAGUCUGUUCGGUAAUAUUUGGAGGAAAAUGGAACUGUUUUUUUUUU